AUGGUAGCACAGGGGGGCCUCAUAUCGACCAGAGUAGGCGGUACAGGAGUUUGCCUCGCUAAGUGCUCGAGCACGACGAUACAUCCCCCGUUUGGUACGACAGGAAGCGGCGCGCUUGCCGUCGACGAACAAUCUUGGCGCAGUGCCGGGCGUCAACUGCUCUACGCUACCAUGUACGUGACGAGCUCCGGGACGAGUCGACUACAAUCGAGGCGCUUCGUGUACGGCGCAGCGCGUCGGCGGAACUGUUCUCGGGUUCUAGGGACGCGUCGAUGUCCUUACGAGCUGGGCGCUGGAGAAGCACGCACUGCUCGGGCGAAGCCUCUCCACGGAGGCACGAGCAACCGUAUGCGUUGCGUGUCUUCUGGGAUGGAACAGCGCCCGUCGUUGAAUGACUCACGCAUACCACAAUCAACCUUUUCUCCGCGGAUAGGGAAGCCCGGGGAGCAGUUGCAGGAACCCAGCAUUACGCCCCUGGAAGCCGAACAGCGCCUCGUUCGGUCGGGAGACUGGCUGCUGUUUGCGGCAAGCCUCUGUACGCUGUGCUUUGGUGUCUGCCUGGGUCCACGGCGAGUACACGCCCAGCGUCACGAGCGUACUAUUGCUGCAGCACUUGUUCAUGGCCUAGCCACAAUGGAUGCUCGCGUCGUUUCCCAAGAUACGAGGCGGGUAUUCAAGUCGUCUACGGAGCGCCGGCCGAUGGCCACGGUAUCCGUCCCAAAAGCGGAAACGACGAAUCAGCUCGAUAUAGGAAAAAUGGGAUAUUCCCUCUACGAUUUCGUGGAUAAGAAGAAACUUUUCUCUUCGGAUCUAUCCGCGAGAACAGAGACACAACUGGAAUUGGAAGAGAUCGAAGACGAGGAAGUGCAGAAAGCUUUGGUGUUAACUGUUGGGCGGCUUCUGCAAACGGUUGGCGCUCUCGUUGCUGCUUACUUCGUUUACGUCGGCAGUCGGCGCUGGGAAGAAUGGAUGCGAGAAGAGGAACGAUUGGCGACCGAGAAAGAAAUCAGCUUGACUGGUACCUACAUUGACCCUGCUGUACCGCGUGAGGACCUCGAAAGACGACGAAAUCCCGAGUCGUCUACGCCUUCCGGCGUUUCAGACGACGACAGUGGCCACGAUCCUGACACCGGAACGGGUAGCACAAAACGCCCCGGUCCUGGACCGAAACCACCGUCGACGGACCGCGGCGGAGCGCCAGACGAAGGGCUUGACCUUCUGGACGACCUGCUCGAGUAG